UGACAAAGGCAGACGUCGCAGUUAGUCUUAGCCUCGUUUUGUGAUACCACAGUGUCUCUGUGCGGCAUUUGCACUAUUUCUUUGGUUGAGAUGUUCUGUCCUGCUUUGAGUUGUUUUCUGUAAAUGAGGCCUUUGCAGGCGACCUGGUUCGAAAAUGUUUGAAAAGAGCAUCGUGUCCUUCCAAUCUGGAGAGGGAUUUGACCUUUCCAGUGCCGCCGUGGUCAUCGAUCAAGAUGACUUUGAAGGGAUCCAUAUCGCUGCCAAGAAUCUUGCUGUCGACUUUGGCAAAGUCACGGGCUACAAUGCAAGGCUCGUUGUUCGCGGCGCGUCUUCGUAUUCAGCAAGCACCAGCUGCAUUUUCAUUGGUAGUCUUUCGCGGUCUUCGACGAUAAGAUCUCUAAAAGAUGAAGGCCGCAUUGAUACCAGCAGAAUCGAGAAUAAAUGGGAAUCUUGGAUGACGACAUGCCUUCCAAAUCCUUUCGGCAAUUUCAAAGAUGCGUUGGUAAUCGUUGGGAGCGACAAGAGAGGCGCCAUCUACGGCGCUUACACUCUUUCUGAGCAGAUUGGAGUCUCACCGUAAGGGUCAUCCGAACAAUCUCGGUGCUGAAUGUUUACAGUACAUAGAUGGCAUUGGUGGGCCGACGUGCCUGUGAAGAAACAUUCCUCUAUCUACGCCCUUCCAGUCUCAAGUUGGAACGGUGAACCAAGUAUCAAAUACCGUGGGAUUUUCAUCAACGACGAGUCGCCCGCCAUGGAUUCAUGGGCGCAGGAGAAAUUCGGCCCCGUUUUCAACUCCAGGCUAUACGAACAUAUCUUCGAGCUGCUCCUGAGACUAAAGGCAAAUUUUAUGUGGCCCGCCAUGUGGAGAGGUUAUCCUUAUCCCGGAAGGUCAUUCUUUGUGGAUGAUCCGGACAACCAGGCUCUAGCCGAUCGGUAUGGCAUCGUUGUUGGAACCUCUCAUCACGAGCCAAUGCAAAGGGCUAUGAAUGAAUGGUCAACGACUCAGCCUGAAGGUACUUGGAAUUGGAAGACGAAUAGAAAAAAAAUCACGAAUUAUUUCAAAGAGGGUGUUAAAAGAGCGGUCCCUUAUGAGUCGAUGCUCACCAUGGGUAUGAGAGGUGAAGGUGAUGGACCAAUCAGUGAUGAUAAUCCAAUAGAGACACUGACAGACAUAAUUCGAACACAACGAGAGAUCAUCAAAGAACAUCACGAGCGGGAAGAUGGAGUACCUCAACUUAUGGCACUGUAUAAGGAAGUGCAGCAGUACUACGAUGACGGCCUAGAAAUACCAGAUGAUGUGACCCUUCUCUUUUCGGAUGACAACUUUGGAUCGCUUCGUCGGUUACCAACGGUAGAUGAAGGAAAGAGAACUGGCGGAUCUGGCAUCUACUAUCAUUUCGAGUAUACCGGCGGGCCGAGAAGCUAUAGAUGGAUAAACAGCAACACUCUGGGUAAAGUAUGGCAGCAGCUUCAGCUCGCAUAUUACCGGAAUGCCAAGAAAAUAUGGAUAUUCAACGUCGGUGAUCUCAAACCUAUGGAAAUCCCUAUGAGUUUUGCUUUUGACUUGGCCUGGAACAUCCGCUCGAUUCGUUCCGACAGUCUAUUGGGCUAUUUCCAAGCUUUGGCUAGUCGAGAAUUCGGUGAGGAAUUUGCGAAAUGUAUCGGACAUAUUUGGCAAGACUAUGAUCGGCUUCUGGCUCUCCGUAAACAUGAACAUAUCGUUCCUGAAACAUUCAGCCUUCUCGAUUACCACGAAGCCGAAAACGUCAUUAGCAGAUGGGAAAGGCUUUUGAACGAAGCGGAAUCCAUACAUGCAAAAUGUACCGACCGCCAGCGACCCUCCAUAUUCCAAUUGGUACUUCAUCCAAUUAAGGCUUCCUAUAUCUAUACUCUGUUAAGAGUCACUCAGAGUAAAAAUCGACUUUACGGAAAACAGCGACGCAAUACUACCAAUCGGCUUUUCUACAAAUGCAUUCGCCUUUUCGAAGACGAUCACGAACUUUCAGAGCAAUAUCACAGGUUACUAGGUGGAAAGUGGAAUCACAUACUUCGACAGCCCCAUUACGGUUACACGGGCUGGGAAGGACCUUCAAGAGAUAUGAUUGGUGGGCUCUGCUACGUGCAAACGAGAGCUAACUCUAAUCCCAGUGUUGGCCACAUGGGCAUCGCCGUGGAAGGUACUGAAGGUGUGCAUCCGGGUGCGAUAAACGAGGAUUCCGAUCGAACCCAUCCAUCAAGAGGUAACCUAAGAAGUGGCGUAACCGUCCAGCUUCUCAGUCCCUACGGACCAAAAACUCGAUACUUCGAGAUCUACCAUCGCGGGACGAUUCCCUUCUCUUGGCGAGCCAAGCCGCAGUAUUCUUGGAUUAAACUCGACAAAUACGAAGGAGAGCUAAGUCCUGAUGACAAUGACACCAGAGUGACGAUCAGCAUCGACUGGGACGAUGUUCCCCAGAAUCUUUUUGAAACUGCUUAUAUUGAAGUUAUUGGAACGGUGGAUGGUUAUGAAAAAGUUGUGGUUCCUGUCAGAAAGCAAUACGCUCCUGAUGACUUCACUGGUUUCGUUGAAUCAGCUGGCUACGUCUCCAUCGACGCCGGAAAUUGGGUUGAGAAGCCUUACAUGCUUCUUCCAUCGAUGGGUCGCCCUCUAGCUGGUUCGGUGACUUUGCCAAACGAGAUCAAUUUCGGUGACAUCGAUUCCGUACCCUUUCUAAGGUACAAUAUCUUUACAUUCUCCGAGCAUGAAAAUGCGGUUCUCGAGCUACAAUUCAACAUGACUCUAGAUACAGACACGACUGGCUUUAUGGAAUACGAUUUUAGAUGGGAUGGUGGUCAAGUACACACUUUCCGCCUCACAGAAGAUGAAGCGGGCGGAUUGCCUAAAUAUUGGGAUGAGGCAGUGCAAGACUGUGUUUGGAAAAAGAAUCAUACCGUUGGACGUGUCAGAAGAGGUGAACAUACAAUUGAGGUUAAGUUGAAGGCGGCAAACAUGUGCUUGGAGAAAGUGGUACUUAAUAUAGGUGGGCUACGACCAACCUACUUGGGACCAUCGGAGAGCCAUUUCGUGGAGGGUUUGACAGAACAAAUGCUUGACAUUGACGGUCGAGACAAGCUGCAUAUCAACAUGACUUUACAAGAAACUUGAAUUUCGGUAAAGCACUCUUUCCGUGCUUGGAAAGCAGCAACGUAAUACCAACAUUCAACCAUAGCUGACUAUAC